GUCGUUGCUCUAAAGAAGACUGGUUAUAGCAUUGCCGGGCUGCAGCUGCACCAUCCAGUGCUGUGCACAAAUUCCUCAUACCAUAGAGAUGCUCAUACAUUUAUAGAGAUGCAAUGAACACGUACACAUCGUAUGAGCAAUCGUAGAGGCAGGCAUCACUGUACAUGUACACGAAGGAACGAACAGCAAAUGCACAUGUUUAAUGGAUCCGUCGGUGUUGACAGCUGGCCGUAAGGGAUGUGAGAGCUACAGCACACACUACAUCAUCAUGGGUUUCACCACGAUAUCAGAAGACCUUCGCUUUGGAUACUGAAUUCCCAGGAUUGAUGUACUGGGCUUAUAUCCUAUAGCACUGUAGCAUGAUGUAUAGAACUGCAAAUCAGACGCUUGCAAUGGCACUGUGAUGCUCUUCACUUCAAAGAAACCUUAUUUUGUUCACAGUACCAUUCAGUGAAUGAAAUACCUUUUAAGAAACUGCAGUUGUCACUGUUGUUGUAGAAGGAUACAUACAAGAUGAGUUCAGGGGACUACAAGCAGGUGACCAUGAUGAUGGAGAAUCCAUCUUUUGAUGGGUUUUCUGACGUACGAAGUGACAGGAGGACACACCAUAGGAUGAAACCAUUCGUACUCGUCAGUCUUUUACUCUUGGCCGUAGUGGGCGUAGCUGUAGCAUUGGCCGUUAUUCUCACAGGAGACAAAGAGGAAGAUAUAGUCCCAGAGGCUGUGACAAUACUCGGGAAUCUGCACAUUUCAAACCGCGAUUAUCACACGAAAUACGCCGAUAAAAAGUCCCAUGAGUUUGCGAGGUUUGAACAGGAGGUUGUUGAUGCUAUGGACCGAGUCUACAACAAAAGUUUAUUUAAAAACAUUUACGUCAGAACGAGCGUCACGGAAAUAAAGAGAGGAAGUGUUAUCGUUGACUUCUCCAUUAACCUUGAAAUCCCUCACGUCUUAUUCGACAUGAAGACAUCUGAGACGAAGGAGGUUUCUGCUCUGGAGUAUAACGAAGCCUACGUGCAUCUCGUCAAGGCCAUCGAUGGAAAUAAACUGGGCGAUUUCAGCAUUAUUGAAUUCAGCCUCUCGUUUGAUUCGGCCAGUUUGAGCUUCGUGCCAAUUACCAUGUCACCAGUUACGAGAACGUUGGAUCCAAGUAUAUCAUUUACAGAGGUAUCAACACCUCAAGCUCUGGAAAAGGAUGCCUGUGAUGAUAUCCCAUGUUUAAAUGGAGGUACGUGCGUCCCAGAGCCAGAAACACCGCCGUACUUCGCGUGCAAAUGCCCCGAGGAAUUCGACGGCAACACCUGCCAAAACCAUCCACAGACACUGUGCGACGCACACCCUUGCCAACAUAACAGCACUUGCAUCGGUGGGCAGUACUAUUACGAGUGUAUCUGUGCACCGGGCUACGCAGGGCUGAGUUGUGAAACGACCCAAAUACCUCUUUGUGAUACGACGCCUUGCCAUCAUGGCGGCACAUGCUACGGUGAUACGUACUUCUUCAACUGCGCAUGCACCUCUGGAUGGGGUGGCAAAUACUGUGAAAACGCCGUGUUGAGCAACCCGUGUAGUAGCAACCCCUGUCAACAUGGUGGACUAUGCGCAUCGGGUAGCGUCCGUGACGAGGACUACUACACAUGUAUCUGCCCACCCAAUUACGGAGGUCUUAACUGCGAAAACCAGAUACCACCAUGUGACAGUAGUCCGUGCCAACAUGGCGGCACGUGUAUCUCCCUGACGACCAUCUCGUCCUACCAGUGCGCAUGCCCAGGACAGUACUACGGAACCAACUGCGAAAGCCAGUGUAUUGACAUACCCAUCCUGCAGUGCAGACCAUUUGUCCCAUACAACAAGACCAUCUCACCCAAUCCUUUCCAACUAGCCGGUGACACCGACGAGCUCCUUGCGUUCUUUGACCUAUCCUACCAGUUCUUGACCCCUGCCUGCCACCCGGACGCUCAGCGGGUCCUCUGUACGAUCUUCAACCCAAUGUGCACGGACUCGGACCAGGCGUCGAUACUGGACUAUCACCUACCUUGCCGGUCUGUGUGCAGGGAUGUCCAUGACUCGUGCCUUGCUAACCUGCCCCAGCAGUUGCUCGAAGAAUUCGAAGUCUUCGGUAACUUUUGUUUUUCGCUCCCGGAGUCGUUGGAUGAGAGUGUGUGCUUCAAAUCGUCGCAAGAGGGCGCCUCGUUAUAUGAUCCAGCUGGUUGUCGGUCAUCACCGUGUGAGAAUGGCGGAGUUUGUCUGGAGCUGAACGGGGCGAUUCAAUGCCGCUGCCCCGUAGGGUACGGUGGGCAGAACUGCGCCUACGAACUGCCCAAUCCAUGUUCACCGAAUCCAUGUUUGAACGGCGGUGAAUGUAAAGUCGGCGUUGGUUCCCUGGUACCUCGGUUUACAUGCGAGUGCCCCGUCGGAUACCAACCGCCUUUUUGUGACUCCUAACCUUCGGAGAGUUUAUAACGAGCUGCUUCCUUCCAUGGUGCUGUUAAUGGUAUCGACAUGGGGCGUCGUAGCCCCUUUGUUGUCCGAUGACGUCACGACAUCUCAACGCCAAUUGCCUGCCUUUCUGUCACAAUGUGUUUGCUUGUGUGCCCGUCCUGUGCUGCAUGCCGACAAAAUAGUCUGGUCCCAUUUCGUUAUCCGCAGGGAUAGGGACAGGUGUAUGUAUACACACGCAGGCCUACGUCGGAUUUAACGUCGAAUCUACAGAAUCACGAAUGCCAUGUGAAGCAAUGCGUCAAAGGUGAUUAUGAACGUGGACCCAACGGCAGCUCUCUGGCGGAAUUCACAAGCCUCGAAGUGUGACGUCAUAGUUCAGGCUACUAACAAAAUCUCUUGUAUUUAAAGGGUCUGUGUACUUUUUGUAGGACAAAAAUUACAGUGUCCACAAGUUUGUAUAUACUCAGCGCCUUG